AUGGAGGUUGCUAAUGCAAGGCUAAGCAAUAAGGAACCAAAAUGUUUCCUGCAAAAGGAAAAGGGAUUGGAACCAACAGAGUUUGAAGACACUGUUGCUCAGACAUAUAUAUUAAUUCAGCAGUAUAUUGCAGGCAAUAGGAAAUCCGUUGUUAUUCAUGUUCCUUACAGGCUCCGGAAAUCUUUUAAGAAAAUUCAUGUGAGGCUGGUUAGAGAAUUGGAGAAGAAGUUUAGUGGAAAGGAUGUGGUUCUUAUUGCGACAAGAAGUAUAUUAAAACCUCCAAAGAAAGGCUCUGCUGUUGUGCGUCCUCGUAGUCGUACACUCACUGCAGUUCAUGAUGCAAUCUUAGAGGGUGUUGUGUUCCCUGCUGAGAUUGUUGGGAAGCGGGUAAGAUACCGCUUGGAUUGCUCUAAGAUAAUAAAGAUUUUCUUGGACCCAAAGGAACUCAACAACACGGAAUACAAGCUGGAGACAUUUUCAGGUGUCUACCACAAGCUCUGCGGAAAGGACGUUGUCUUCGAGUACCCAGUGACAGAGAGUGCACAAGUCUUCACAGCAUUUGAAGAGAUUUUUAUGCAUAAAACAAGUAGUUUUACGCCGAGGGAACUCUUCGUCAAGAAGAUUUUAUCAUCCGGUGUUGCUUAAUUUAUAAUUCGUGUUUGGACAUCUAUUUUGUAUUUUUUUCCUAAAAAAAAAAAAUAAUAUACAUUUUAGCUAUCAGCUUCUGAACCUGAAACUUGUCAUCAGAUUUGUCAUCUUGUCUAUGUUGUUAUCUUUUAGAUUCCUCA